AUGAAAGUCUUACAGUCAUCGCCUGCCGAUGCGCUCGAGAAUGCACUCGGGACUACUGCAGAGAAACCCAGACGCAGUGAAACCUGGAAUUGGGAUGACGAUCCGAGCAAUCCUUACAACUGGCCGACAAGUCAAAAGGCUCUGCAAGUGGUGAUGAUUGGUUGGGCGGGUUUUACCACAACCGUUGGAGUAUCCAUCCUAUCGCCUGCUCACUCGCAGUUCAUGGAGGAGUUUGGUGUCAGCAGCACCGUCGCUAUAUUACCCUUGUCACUUUACGUCUUCGCCCUUGCCCUUGGUCCCAUCGUGGGAGGGCCUCUUUCUGAGACUGUUGGGAGAUACCCGGUCUACAUAGGAGCAAUGGGCCUGGGCACCUUGUUUACUCUGGGUGCUGGGCUAUGUCCCACAUUUUCUGGCCUUUGUGUCUUGCGUUUCUUGACUGGGUUCUGCUACGCACCAACUCUGGCGAUUGCGGCCGGGACUCUCAAUGAGACGUUCACGCCAGUCAACCGCGCCCUUCCCUCGGCUAUCUUCAUUCUUACGCCCUUUUUGGGUCCUGGUCUGGGGCCUGUUAUUGGAAGCUUCAUUGUCAAUCGGAAAGGCUGGCGAUGGACGCAGUGGACAAUGAUCUUCUUUGCUAUCCUCACUGGCAUCACAAUUGCAAUUGCCAACGAGACUUUCCACCCUGUCAUCAAGCGUCGUCAUGCCAAAGAACUCGGACUAGAGCUUCCCCCGUCGGCCCCUCUCUCUUCGAAGCUGCGCCUCUUUGUAACUAUUUCUCUCCUCCGCCCCAUCCACAUGCUCCUAACCGAACCCAUCGUUGGCUUCGUUUGCCUUUACGUUGCUUGUGAAUUUGCGACACUCUUCUCGUUCUUCGCAGCCUUCCCAUUGAUCUUCCAGGGUAUCUAUCAUUUCAAUAUCGAGUCCUCCGGCCUCGUCUUCUUGGCCAUUGUCGUCGGAUGUCUACUAGGAACUGUGACAGUCAUAUUAUGCAACGUCUUCCUUUACCUUACAAAAGUCGCAAAACAUCCAGAUGGACAAGUACCACCGGAAUACCGCCUCUAUCCAGCACUAAUAGGUAGUGUUGGACUGCCGAUCGGACUGUUCUGGUUUGCCUGGACUGCUAGAGCUGAUAUCUCCUGGGCAAGUUCCGUCGUUGCAAUUGCCGUGUUUGCAUGGGGAAAUCUCUGUGUCUUUGUGAGCACAACGCAAUAUCUGGUUGAUACUUAUCAUGGUCUCACUGUCGCAAGUGCCAUGAGCGCCAAUGGUUUGGCACGUUAUGGACUCGGGGCUGCGUUUCCUCUUUUUACCAUUCAAAUGUACACCAAGCUUGGUGCAGGGUGGGCAUCUAGCCUGCUAGGGUUUAUUGCAGUGGCACUUUUGCCCGUUCCGUGGGUCUUUGUCAAGUAUGGAAAGAGGUUGAGAGCUUUGAGUAACUAUGAGACUGCCAAGUGA